AUGAUCCCACCAGGAGUACCCGACUUCUUUACCAGAUAUCGGUGGCUCGAAGAAACAUCUACAGUCGAACUACGAGGCCGAGCCUGGGCCGGUGGCACUACCAUUGUGAGCGCCGAGGUGAGCACAGACGAUGCAGUGAGCUGGUCUCCGGCUCAACUUGAUGAUGCUCCCGUCGGGAAGUUCGCCUGGAUCGGUUGGUCCUUCACCUGGACGAAUGUCACGUGUGGCGAGUAUGUGCUCCGAACCCGAGCGGUCGACGCUCUAGGAAACACCCAGCCGGACGACGAUGCCGCACACGACUAUUAUGCAAUGGAUGUCACAAAACCGCAGUAUGUCAAUGUCGUGGUCCUUCCCAAAGGUAGCCUCAACGCAGGAGCCAAUGUCAAAGUGCCCAUUCGAUUUCCCAGUUAUUGA